AGCGGAAGUUAACGCUUCUACUGAUUUCACGGUUGUAUGCGGAAGUAGAGCAAAUUCAGAAGACACUUUGCACAAUGUAGAUUUUUAGAUAGUCAUUUUUGAUAGCGAUGGAACGGUUCAAGCACCGUUCAAGCCCGUUUAAGAGCUGCGGAUUGUGUUUUCUCAGACUGGUCACACAACGCCUGCACAAUGAUCAAGACAAUGGAAACAGGUGACGUCAAAUGACUAAAUAUGGAGAGUUGUAUAUAGCACCGUAGGAGUCAAAGAUUGACUCAGUUUAGACACGGUGUACGGUGUGUAAAAGCAAGCACAAAAUCGCGAUGAAGUUUGCCGGAAUUCAUUGCACAAAGAGAGGCCUGAGGAAAUAGCAAAGUACUGGAUGAUAUAUAUGUUGAUUACUGCUGAAGGUUUUGAAAAAGAUGUACAGUCACCAGUCUGCAGAAUCCGGGAUUGACACUGAUUAUGAAGCAAAAGAAAAGCCAUCAUUUAUCCAUGUAAUACCAGAUAAGAUAAGAUAUGAUAGUCAACAAAAGAUUGCACUUUUAUUUGACAAAAGCUUGCCAAACAAAGGGACCUUCCGUGUGGACUUUAGAGGAGAGAGGCGGAGUGCUAUGCAAGUGAGAGCACAAAAAGUCAACGCAUGUACUCUAGUGGUGGUCGCACCAGUUUACUUUCCAGCUGAAAAGGUCCAUAUCAUUGCCCGCCAUGAAAGCCACGAGGGGAUAAAAAGCCUGGGGCGGCGCCAAUUUGAGUUCCAGCCAAGAGACAGUAUUUUAGCUGAGCUGCUCAGCAAUGCAAAUUGCGCCGUGAGCUUCAUGUGCGAGUCCCUGGGCAUCUCUCCACUCGACAUUCAACACUUGGAUGAAGCACUCGCUGUGACAUUCAGGCGGAAUAUGCCGCGAGGUUUCAAUUUGAUUGGACUUCAUAAUAACAAUGUUGACGAAGAAGCGUCCAAGUCUAUGUACCCUACCCUCCUACAUUUCGCCGCAGCCUUCGGUCUCCAUCAACUCGCUACCGAGUGCCUUCUGGAAUGUCCUGGCGCCAAGGAAGCCUCGACGCUUCGGGACUGCCAUGGAAGGACGCCCGUAGAUAUCGCUAGGGAGGGAGAUUUUAACAGCCUGGCUGAGAACAUUCUGGUAUUUCAGGAACAGUGCUGUGGCAGCAUAUACGAGCAGAUGGAGAACCCGGAUGAAGAGGGUCCAGAGAGCGCCGGGUACAUCGACAUGCGCCCAGGGUACAUCAACAUACAGCUGUGGGGACCUGGUGGUACCUCAGCGGUGAACACCAUCGAGGGAGAGCCAAAGCAAGAACAGGAACUUUUUUAUGAGGACAUGAACAGAGAUCAACAAGACCAGUAUUAUGAAGACAUGCAAAUAGGCGCGGAAGAAGACGACCCCGGAUAUGUCCACACUGAGCCAAUCAGCGACGAGCACUCACACUACUACACACAUGCCGAAAGCAUUGUCCCACAGCCUGGGGAGGAAGUGUACGAGGAUAUGAGCGAGGAUAAGCCGCACUAUACGGAUGUGCCAGACUCGGGCGAGGGCGAGGUCUACGAGGAUCUGUCGGGACAGGAGGGGAUUCCAGAUGAGCCGCUGGAAGAGAUGCCAGGGGGCUAUCACUCAAGGCCUUCCUAUGCAAUCUAUGACACUCCUUCCAAUCUCCCUGCAGCGAACUAUCCGUCCUCUCGCUCCGCUAGCAUGUCCAUCAAGCGUCCGGCACGACCCGAGAGGAGUACAGCAGGUACCGGACAAUCAUCACCAUCUGCUGUCACCACCUGUAAGCGCCCACCGCCGCCAGUAGCGCCAAGAAACCCACCACAUCAGAUCCAUCGAACUGGCUCAAUGUCUUCAAGAGUCAGCAGCACCAGCACUGAGAGCUCCUCGUCCGCCGCCAGUUCCGUGACCGUGGCGAGUGAUACAGGCUACCAGGCCGACCAAGAACAGGACUUACUUAUGACUCGUGAACAACUGCUGGAAAGCAUGAAAGAGAUGAAAUCGCCACCAGAACCGUCGCCCCCACCUCUACCCCCCCAAGAUUACGAAGAGGAACGCUCCCUUCAAUCCAUUUCAUCACUUCAUAACAAACGUAAGGUUCGUCCCAGGCACGAGCGAUCAGCUACUGAGCCCGUGUGCAUGCAGGAUGUUCAACAAGCAGUACAGCGGUCUUACCCAACCUCUUCUGCAGGGACCGUGAAGUCAAGUCAAGGCUCGCUCAAGACCAGUCCCCGUCCGCCACCACCCCGGCGGGCAGCUAGCGAUCACCCAUCCAUUUCUUUAGGGAGCCUGCCUCGACGACGAAGCAGUUCCGGGGAGGAAAGUACCAUUAAUAGACGAAGCUACAUCGAUCGCCCCCCUGCUCCACCCCCCUUAGAAGAGAAGACGCCCUUGGACAAGCGCGCAUCAUUACCCCCUCCAGCAAGCGGCCGUCCCCCAGCCCCCAUUCCUUCAGGAACUAUGGGUAGCGCGGUACCGAAGAGCACUAUGGGUAGUGCGGCACCAGAAAGCAUUAUUGGUAAUACGGAACCGAAGAGCACCAUGGGUAAUAUGGGUCGCCGUGGCAGCCACGGGCAGGUCCCGACGCCAUUUCUUGCCGCAAUGACUUCGGCAAAUAUCGAUGACAACCCAAUCCCACCCCCAGUCCCACGGAGACUGGCAUCGUCGGCAGCCACUCGAUCCAGCCCUCCGCAACCUGCUGCUAGGCCUAGGCCCGCUCCUCGUCGAUAAAGAAAGCAGGGCAGAUGACGCAAGCUAUGGGCAUGGUUCCAAGUAUUACGUCAUUGAUGUUUGAUUUAAAGUUGGAACCAAUUUUGCACGCGAAUCAGCGGGCAUGUUUCUUGGAGACCAAAAAGUGUCCUCUUGCAAAUAUAAAAUCGCGAAGAGCAAUAUUCGUACAAACUGCGGACAAUUGCUGUUUUCAUACAACUGACGAAAAGCGAGAGCAGAUCGCUACAGUGGGUAAUUCUGCGAACCAAGUCCAAUAGUCCGCGACAUAAGUUGCCUAAAGCUGCAUAAAACUCGAGAACUACAGGUGAACAAGUGCGAAAAAACUAAAAGUAAAGUGCAACGAUAUAUUUUUAUAUGCCUACAGACAAGUGCAUGCAAAGGGCAAACAAGAUACGUACAAUAUUCGUGCGUUCCUUCUAAUAGCGUGUUCGCAAAACGCAAACAGAUGUACAGCCUUUUUAGACAAGCCUUAUUGUUUUUAUCAACAUGCAUAAGGUUGUAAUUAGAAAGUUAUCACAUAUAUUUUUAUAGUGUGUAAAGUAUCUAGGUUUUCUCGUGUUUUAGCGAGUAUUUCGCGUUCUAUAGGGCAUUCGAUGUUAUAGCGAAUAUUUCAAAUAUUUCGUGUUUUAGGGAGUAUUUAGUGUUUGAGAACACUGCGUUGUAGCUGAUUCAUAUAUUAGCUAGUUGGGACUUUUAUAUUGGGAGAGACAAUACACUCCAGAUAGACAUGUGACUCUCAAAUAAAACCAAACAAUUCCAAAGAGGUUCAAUCAGUAUUUACCAAUGCGAGGGUUUUUUUUUCUCUAUAAAAUAUUUAGUGUUGUGCGAACAACUGAAGGCAGCGUCUACCUCGCCAGGUAUUUUAGCGAGUUUAUUCUAAUUUAUCCUAGAUUUUCUAAAUCGCCAGGUAUUUUAGCGAGUUUAUUCUAAUUUAUCCUAGAUUUACUAAUAGUCCAGCAAAGCACCGAUGACGUCAGCAUGCUAGGGGCGGGGCCAUAACCUCGCAAGAACAAGCGAUUUGAUUGGUUGAGAAACUUGGGAUAAAAUGCAAUAUACAACUCCUAGGGGGUGAACAUUUUCCUGCGCCCAGAAAUCAAGAAAAAUGGCGGAUGUAACAGCCAAUUUCUAAGUGUUUCCGAGAGGAAAAUUGCUCUUAAGCUCGUUUUAUGUACUAAAACAAUUAUACCAUUUCUAUUUUGGCGAAUAGUGGCUUUAAAUAUAUAUCUACUUCUAGCCGUCGUCUCUCGGUAGAUAUUUCGCCACUAUCCACCUCAAUGAAAAUGGUAAUUGUUAAAUAUUCCAUGGUCUUCCUGAUAUGUUUAUAUUUGAAGGAAGGUGGUCUGGUGCGACGCAACCUUGACAGUUUUUUUAGAGUUGGCCAAUGUAAAUAACACACUAUUGAUUGACAAAUUACCAGCCGAUCAGCGUGGCAGGAAAAUGCUUUACUGAGCUUAAGAACCGAAGAAAGUCUUAUAGCCUCAUGUUUGUGUCGAUGUGAUUCCUCGCGUACUGAUUGGCCAUUCUUUUAAAGCUUUGACAUUAGUCAUAAUAACGCGCGUCUUCUUGUUUUAAUGUGACGUCAUAAACAAAUUCGUUCACCUGUCACGGGGGUAGAUUUCCAUUGACCAUUCUCUUGCAUACCUCUUGUUUGCUUGGUUCAGUUUGCCCCUUGUGAUGGUUGCAUAUCAUCAAAUAGGGGCAAAUGGAAACUCCCUAUUCUACGUCCGUGCGACGCGCGCAACCGUGGCCACCACUACAAAGAUUUGAUGCGCUAGCCAAUAAGCAUGCCAGAAUCUUUUCUGAACCUAACUUCAUAGCUAAGAGGAUUUUAAUAUCCACUGAGGUAUUUAUUUGCCUAUCUGGUUUGCUAGUGGAUCUGAGUUAUGUUUCUCGCACACUUGUUAGCUUUACCAAAACUGUCAAGGUGGCCACGGCAGCUCGCGUCGCCCUGUAAAUGGUACUUUUCAUCAAAUGAUUGGUAUGCCAUAUAAAAUAUUUCGUAUUGUAUCUUUAGUGUUCGAAAUGUUACUCUAGGUAGCCCAUUACCAAAUUUUGCCAAAAAUAGAUGUGUAUCUUAAAUUAUUAUUUUACCCAUUAUGAUUUUUUAAUAAAUGAUGUUGAUCAGCCAA